AUGGGUCGCGCCGAGGCUGGAAGCACCAAAGCGAUCGGCAACAAGAUCAAGUCCAAAGGUCUUGGUCGGCUUCGAUGGUAUUGUCAGGCCUGUGAACGUCAGAUGCGUGACGCAAACGGUUUCAAAUGUCAUACCCAGAGCCCAGCCCACGUUCGCCAGAUGUUGUUGAUUGGCGAAGACCCACGCAAACACAUCCAGGAGUUUAGUGAUGAUUUCUUGAAGACCUUUGUCGAAACCCUCCGGACCACACACGGAGAAAAGCAGGUGCAAAUAAACCACUUUUACCAGCAGAUCAUUGCUCAUAAGGAACAUAUCCACAUGAACAGUACCAAAUGGCAGAGCCUUACGCAGUUUGCAUCAUAUCUGGGAAAAGAGGGAAUCUGUCGUGUCGAGGAAACCGAAAAGGGACUCUUUAUAUCGUGGAUCGAUAACAGCCCUGAAACCAUGCGCAAGCGUGAGGCAAUAAUGAAGAAGGAACGACAGGACAAAGGAGACGAGGAACGCGAACAGAAGAUGAUCAAAGAUCAAAUUGAACGUGCGAGGCGCCGUGAAGCUGAGAAAAAGGCUAAUGUCGAAGAGGACGGUUCGCCGAAACUACUGCAGCGGAACGGACAGAAAUUCACCAUGAAACUUGGAGGUAUCAAUGUCUCUGGUCAGGCUAAGCUUGAUGCAGAGGCCCCCUCGCCUUCGCAAGUAGAUCUUGCUCCUAUCAAAGAGGGUUCGACAUUUGCCGACACUCCCGCACCCACCCAAGCUGCGCCCGCGGCACCCAUGAAGUUCUCUAUGAAAACGAACAAUGCCCCGCGUCCGGGCAAUGUGUUUGCGAAGAAGAGUAACCCUCUAGUUGCUAAGAAGGUGGCACACACAUCUCCUUCGCACCAGAUGACGGAAAUCGAGAGAAUCAUGAAGUCUGAAAUUUCAGCUAAAGAACGAAAGAGAAAUCGUCCGGAUAUCGACUACGAAAGUUCCAAGCGUCAUCGCUCGUGA